AUGACAUCUUUGUUAAUGCAGGAGUGGGGACUUAAGUUGAGACCAGUGGCAUAUUAUUCCACACGGCUAGAUCCAGUAGCCCAAGCAAUGUCUGAAUGUUUACAAGCAGUAGUGGCUGCAGCCUUGGCGGUGCAGGCCUCUGCUCCUAUUGUACUAUACAGUCCACUUACACUGAAGGUUCCACAUGCGGUAUCUGUUUUGUUGCUACAACAAAAACAUGCUUACAUGUCACCAGCCAGACACUUAUCUUGCAUGACUGUUUUGCUCUCGCAGCCUCAUAUCACUAUUGAGCGCUGUGUGACUUUAAACCCAGCUACACUUUUACCUACGGCAGAGGAUGGGAACCCACAUGAUUGUGUUGCUGAGACAGAUAAGACAAUGGCAGCCAGAGCUGACCUACGAGAUAUGCCUUUUCCAGAAGCUGAUUUAACUAUGUUUGUUGAUGGUUCAAGCAAAAAGAACCUUGAUGGCAGUAAUGCAACGGGUUACGCUGUAGUCACAGCAGAGAAAACCUUGAAGGCAGAGCCACUACCUCCCCACUAUUCCGCACAGGCAGCGGAACUGAUUGCCCUUACUGAAGCAUGCAAGCUUGGUACUGAAAAGACAGUUAAUAUCUACACAGAUAGCAACUAUGCUUUCUCCACAUGCCAUGUGUUCGCAGGUCAGUGGGCAAACAGGGGAAUGAUCACAUCUACAGGUAAACCUAUCACACAUAGAGACCUGAUACUAGAACUGAUAUCAGCACUACAACUUCCAAAAGCAGUGGCAAUCAUGAAGUGCGCUGCGCACACACAUGCAAAAGACCCGGUUUCAUUGGGAAACCACAAAGCAGACGAAGCCGCAAAACAGGCCGCACUGCAACAACCAUCUGACAGAUACACAAUUGAAGAAUUAGACCUCACAAUAUUGAAAGACAUGCAACACCAAGCACCAAAACACGAAAAAAGAUUGUGGUUAAAACACGGAGCAAAGCAAACUGACGAAGGCCUGUGGGAAAAUGGAAACAUGCCAAUCUUACCGAAAGCACUGUACAGAUAUGUUGCGACAUUGAGUCAUGGGGUGACUCAUAUCUCAAAGGGUGGGAUGUGCUAUGAGGUAGAUAAGAUCUUUACUACCUAUGGAUUUACUUCUUAUUCAAAGCAUUUUUGUGAAAGAUGUUUAAUCUGUGCAAAGAAUAAUCCACAGGGGAACUUCAGACCGAAACCUGGCAAGUUUCCAGAACCACAAUAUCCUUUUGAAUAUCUGUGCAUGGAUUUCAUUGAACUAAACCUGGAUGAGGGGAAGAAAUAUUGCCUAGUCAUAGUAGAUGUGUUUACUAGAUGGGUAGAAGUAUUUCCAAGUAAGAAGGCAGAUGCUCAUGCAGUAGCCAAGGCAUUAUGUGCGGGAAUUAUCCCUAAAUUCGGAAUUCCUACCAGGAUCUACAGUGAUAAUGGUCCUCAUUUUGUGAACCAAACACUGCGUUUGAUCAGC